ACACGUCAAAAGAGGAAAUCGAAUUAACGGAAACGUUACGGCACGUGCAUAUUAUACAUAUAUAUGAAAUUCUAUAUCGACUUAAACAAUUUCUGAAACGACGAUACAUAGGCGUAUAAAAUAAAGAGAAAAAAAAAACUAACGACAUUACGAAGAUAUAUCUAGAAGAAAAUAAAUUUUUAUGAAAAAUAAAGAGAGAUGAGUAUCGAUCGUUGAAAAAAAAUUGAAUCAACGUCAAAAUACGAUUCAUCGCUUCGGGGAGAUAAACGGAGGGACGAGAAUGGAAAAUGAAGAAGUAGAAGAUGAGAUUAUCGAUUAGCGUAAUAUGAUUUCCGGUGAGAGCAGGUAUAAGUUUUGAGAUAGAGUAUUGCUGUGAUGGUUUGGUUUAUUAUGCGUACGACGAAAUUGUACAUUUGCCGAUUAGAAAAUUAACUUGGAGAGUGAAAACGAAACGUAAAACGUGUUAAGUAAUAUGAAAGAAGAGGGUGGGAAGUAUAAUAAUAAUUAUUAUCAUAAUAAGAUACCGAAUGAAUUCAUAAUAAAGUUCUAUGUUAUUCUUCGUCUUUUCUAUGUUAUGCAAGUAUAGAUAAAACAAAAGAAAAUUCAAACAUCGCGAAUAAUAAUAAUUUACCUUCUUUCUAAUUCAAUUUUUUUUUGUUUCGUGUCCUAAAAAAAAUAAACGUUAAUUCUUGGAUAUUAAUUAAUAAUUAAUCUUCCUCGCGGAAACAAUAAAUAAGAUAUCAAAAAUACAAAUGUGCAUGCCUAUCUCUUUGUGUGUAUGUGACUUCAAAGUUAUAUUAAGUUAUAGAGGGUUGAUAUCCUACCAAGUAAAGUUCUACUAAUUAUUAGACGCGUACCUACUCUCUCGACAAGUUCGCUCGAGGCAACGUAUUAAUUUCAGGUCGCCGGCACGUUUUAUCGAAGACUUUGGCCAAGAUUUAAACGUUGCUUCGGCGACAGUUUAAUGUCCACGAACACGGCUGGCACGAUAUUCGAGCUACGCGGCUUAGAUUUUCAGUGCCAGUGGUAAAAGCAGACGCGUGACACGACUGCUAGAGACAUUGGUAAACGAACAAUAUUACUCUUUGCUCUUUUUCAAAAGCAUGUUCUCUUGACACCUACUGUCGUGAAAAGUAACGAGGAAAUUGACUUUCGUGGUGUUUUGUUCUUUUUUCUUUCUUUCUUUAUUUCUUUCUUUUUGUUUCCCUUCUUUUUCUUUUCUUUUCUUAUUUUAUUUUAUUUUAUUUUACGUUACUAUUCGUUUUUUAUUUUUUUCGAUCGAAUUUCGUCGGAAAGUUUUUCACGGAUUCAACGAGAAAAGUUCACGAGGAGAAUGCGAUAAAUAAGGAAUUUUUUCAGAACUCAGAAAAUCCGUUGGAAUUUAAAGGGACAUCAGAAGAUUUACUUCGGAAGAUAUUUCUCACUUCGCAUAUAAUUCUUCGACUUCCAACUUUACUUUUCUGCCACAGGAUUUACCAAAUAUGUCUGUCACAUCGAAGUAGGAGUAAUCAUUCAUCAAUGAGUUCUUAUGACAUUCGUCUGUGUGUAUAAAAUCGUGUAUCUCAAAGAAGUAUAACAAAGUAGGAACGAGUUAUCGAUCAGCCUAAUUUUCGAAACUUUACACGAAAUACAAAACGUUUUUGUCUAAACUUUUCAUCGGUAAAGAAAAAAGAGAGAAAAAGAGAAAGAAAAGUUUGUCUAACUGUUAACGAAUUAUCCAUCGAGUAGGACAUUAACACUUGAGAUAAUAAAACGAAUUAUUCGUGAGUUUAUCAAACUUUUAAUAAGCAAUUAUCUCGCAUUUUAACUAGGAUUCAGGAGCUUCUAGGUGUGAAUUUUUGCAUAAAUUUAGGGAAAAGAAAGAGAUGGAAGACAAAGAAAAAGAAUGAAGAAAAAUUACGGGGAGAGAGAGAGAGAGAGAGAGAGAGACAGAGAGAGUGAGAGGAAGAGGGAGGAAGAAAGAGAGAAAAAAAAAUGAGAAAAAGAGACAAAAAAGGAAGAGUGUGAAACGAGAAACAAAGUGACAGUUUCAGCCCACGAAGAGAAGAUAUAAAGAGAGAGAGAGAGAGAGAGAGAGAGAUAGAGAGAGAGAGAGAGAGAGAGAGAGAGAGAGAAAGAGAGAGAGUGAGUGAAGAAUAGGGUCGUGGUAGUGCGAGAGAGACAGAGUAUACGAGAGCUCGUAAGAGUGAGCAAGAUAGAAUGAAGAGAGACGCGCAAGCGCCGAUUUGCGGCGUGGAGAACGCUUGCCAUCCGCGUGGCGCGAGUUAGAACUUGGCUUCGUGCUUUUAGUCUUGCCCCGUCCCUUCGUCCAUUCUCGUCCUUACCCGUGUGCUUACUCUACGAUCAACCCUCUAACUACCCUCUUCUCGUUCACGCGGGAAAUUCAUCCUCGUGCGUCAAGAACGCGUGCUACUCGUUCCUGUAAACGAGUCCAUUCAUUUGUAAAAAAAAAUUAUAUCUUCGAUCGGAGGUAUGAUGAUUUUGUUAUCGAGUGCUUGUUCAUCCUAUCGAGGACGAAACUUUAGUUAAAAAACGAUUGGAUCGUUCGAUCGACGUAGCUAAAGGAGUGAUUGGAAAGUACUUCGAUGUCCAAUCAUUGAAAAGAAUCUGUAAUGCGAUAUUUUUUAUAAAUCAAAGAAGUAACAGAAUGUCGGAAGAAUUAUUAUCCCAUCGAGAUUCGACGAUUACCAGAAGGAAUAAUAAGUCAAAUACAGCUCAAAGAAGAUGGCGUAUCUUAGCAAAGGCUUUAACAGGAUCUUCGGAUUAUCAAACAGAAUCAGACGAAGAGAUUUCCGUACGACGUUUUACUAGUUUUGGCUUGCUCAAGCCGAUACUGUUGGAGAAUACUGUGACCGAUUCUGACUCUUGUUGGUACGAGUAUUCCGCCAUGUUGGAGAACGAACUCUUUGAAGUUCAGAUACGAAGGAUAAACAAGAAUUUUACUGCGAACGAACUGAUUGGAUUCAAUAAUACUGGGAAUGUUUGCGUUUGGCCAUCCGAGGAGUGUCUCGCUUACUAUCUACUAAAGAAUCGUGAUAUUUGUCGAAACAGAAGCGUUCUCGAGCUUGGUGGUGGGAUGAGUUGUCUCGCUGGUGUCCUCGUUGCAAAAUACUGCAAUCCGAGUGCGGUCACGCUUACCGACGGCAACGUUACCAGCGUUGAUAACGUUCGCUGCAUCGUCCUCAGGAACGACAUGGCCGAUUUCGUCGAAUGUGGGGUUCUUCAAUGGGCUAGGGCUGCACGAGCCCUUAGGCAAGCUGCUGCAAACAAUUGCAAUCGAAAGACACGCAUCAUCGAGCAGGAGGAUGACCUACCAAGCAAGAAAAGAUCCUACGACGUGAUCCUCUGCGCAGAUUGUCUUUUCUUCGACGAUGCCAGGCUUGACCUGGUCGAAACGAUUUAUGGUUGGCUUGCUGACGACGGUGUGGCCCUGGUGAUAGCACCUAGACGUGGAACGACGUUUCAGAAAUUCGCCGAAGCCGCGAUCAAACGUAGUUUCAUAGCCAGGCAGACCGAACGAUACGACAGCGAGGUCUGGUCGAGACAUCUGGAACUCUUGGAUCAGAGCCAGGAAUAUUCAGCCGAUUUGCAUUAUCCUGUUCUCCUGGAGCUCAGCAAGCAGAAAAAGACACCACCGGGAUGAUCGAGAUCCAUUGGGGAUGAAGAGGACGACGACGAUGACCUUGACGAGAGUAUCAGCGAAUGAAAUCUCUUUUUUACUCUUCAAACCUUUGCCAUUGUCUUUUUUCUCGGGUAUUUUGUUCGAGUUGUUUUUGAAGUCAAGAUCUAUCGAGAUAAAUGAACGUUGUUUAUAUUUUAUGACAACGAGGGACGAAUGAUGGAUGAUGAGAAAACUGUUAAAGAGUUCAAAGUUCAACGGCGAUUGUCGAAAAUUAUAUUCGAAGAGUACUUUGUCGAGUCGUUUGGAUUUUCGAGUAGAAACUUGAGAGAAAGUUUUCGUAGCACGGAGAAACGCGUAAAACCGAAUGGCAUCGUUGUUCAGCGUUAAUAACGCGUUAGCCAAAUUGACGAUGCUCCAUCGGCUUCCUAGCAUCAUCUUAAGACUUAGACGAUGUUGAAGAUGUUCUUGGAAUACUAUUCUCUCUCUCUCUUUCUCUCUCUCUCUCUCCCUCUCUCUUUCUUUCUCUUUCUCUUUCUCUUUCUCUUUCUCUUUCUCUUUCUCUUUCUCUUUCUCUUUCUCUUUCUCUUUCUCUAAGUUAUCUACUAGAGACCAUUUUCAUUAUGCUCGAAAAUGCAUCUCGUUUGUAUACAAGCGUGCACGUGCAUCCUAAGUAUAAUAUUUAUACGACAAAGGAAACAUUUAAUCUUAUUUAAACGAGAACAUAUUAAAAAGUAACGUUUAGUUAAUUCUAUAAAGUUGAUUCUACAAACUUUCUUCUAUCGUUUAAGAAGAGUUUGAGAGAACUAUUGAGAGAAUCGUAUUCAACGUACCUGAUUUUUCAUAGAACGAAAAAGUCAGUGUUCCGAUAUCCCAUUCUGUGACGUAAUUGUAUGUGCGUGUGUGCUGACAGAAGUUUCUAAGUUGUAUUACGUACGUAAGGUUUGAGUAAAUGUGUUGACGACAUUGUGUGCGGGGUGUUGAACGGCGAGAAGAAAAUACAGAAGUUUUUACUAAAUUCUUAUUUGUUUUUAAGUUUCUUCGAAGAUCAAAAAAAAGAAAAAGAACAAAACAUCUUUACACGAAGCUUAUUUCUUUAACUACAUUUUUCUGACUUUUUCUUCUUCCUUUCUUUCUUUUUCUUUUCUCUUUUUUUUAUUUAGUAGAUGUAAAAUCUCAUUAACGAUCUUUCGUUAUUAUUGAAAUUUAUUACAAAAAAAAAACGAUGUCAUCGAAUCGAGGAAAUAAUAAGUCGAGGGUUCACAUGGAUCGCGGUUAUUCGAGUUUAACAUGGUCUCCCUUUGUUUUCACGCACGAUUACGGAAUAACGUGUGUCUACUCACUGAUCAAGAGUCUUUGAAAGCGAUUCUAUCCAAGAGAGAGAGAGAGAGAGAGAGAGAGAGAGAGAGAGAGAGAGAGAAGGAGAGAGAAAAAGAGAGAGAAGGGAAGAGUUCUUUAACCACCCUUAUAUGAAGUCUAUACUCUCCGUUGGUAACGUGGACGAUGAUUGGAUAAGCUUUCUCUCUCUCUCUCUCUCUCUCUCUCUCUCUCUUCCUCUCUAUCGCUCUCCUUCUCUCCUUUUCUCUUGCUUUGUCUGAAGAAUUUUCGAAAAAUUCAGCGAUAUUAUGUUUACUGUAUCAUCUCGUCGUCGAUACUCGAGAUUGCUCGUUCGUUGUCGCAUUUUCGAUAGAAAAGAUCAACGUUACGUCGAUGAAAGAAAUAAAAGGAAUGUCCGGAUGCGGUUGACGGCCAGUACUGAAAAUAAAUACGAGCGAGAAUGCUUUCGGAGAAUCGAUCGAGUUCCCCUCAUUCUAUGCUUUUCACUCGAUUAUCAUCCCUUUUUUUGGGAAAAGCGAAGGAACGUGCGAAAGCGAUGAAAAAAGAAAAAGCGAUCCUUCGAUUUUUUGAUUCUUCGAUCGACUUGAUCGAGCUGACGAAGCAGUCGUUGCUUCUUUACUCUCGACUUCUUUCACGGUCGAAUGAACAAGAUUCAAAAGGCUAGGAACACGAACGACGGUGACUUGACUACUGUCGUUAACCAGAAAACGUUGAAAUAACGUUGUUACGACGAUGAAUAAUGAUAGAGAAAGUUGGGGAGAGAAAAAAAACGCCAAAUACCGAAUGGCCAGACCCGAUAAGUCGUCCCCAUCGCGAUCCUACAUCGAUCAAACUCGACAAAAUAUAUUCCUCUAUUUUGCUUGACAUAAUAUCAAAAACGUCACAAUCUACAUACAUAUAUAAGUUUUUAUUUAACGUAUCCACAUAUAUAAUCUACGAUACGUCGUAUAUCGUUCUGAUUCUAAUUUUGUUUUAUAUAUUUCGUUCUAUAUAAAUAGAUUUAAAAUUGUUGUUUUGAUUACCAUUUUAUUAUGCAGUUUAGUGAUUCAUUAUUUUUAUUCGAGCUAAUGAAUAUUUUAUCUAUGUGUAUUUUUAUCUUGUUGAAACGAAUUUUAUUUAUUUAUUAUCUGAUAUUUUUUUUUGUUAGAAUCGAAACGAAUGAUUUAGAAUUGUUUAAAAUGAUUGAGGGUCCAAAGCUCUUAUAAAGAGUCUUCUUUAAAAUUUUUCGAAUUUUCAUAAAGCGAGAAAUUUAGAGAAUUUUUUAGCAGCUAAUAUUUAUAGAAAUAGUUGAUAAAUAAUAUAUCGAAGAAUACAAUAUACAUAUUCGAUUAUGAUUACAAAUUUUAAUAUGCAAAUUGCUUUCUUAUUAUUGUAUAAGAAUUAUAUACGUGUAAUGUUCUCUCUAAUAUUGUUAUAUUAGUAGUAUUAAUCGUAUAAACUUUUUCGAUUAUUAUCAAAUAGUCGGAAAAAUAAGAAAUUGCUCUCAAAGUGAAUAGGGCAAUAAUAUUUUAUCAGUAACAACAUUAAAAAAUGUAUGCAUAUUGUACGAGCAGUUUUCCAUUUCAAUAUUCGUAUUACGAAACAAUUAUUAUAUUAAUUAUAAUGCGGACAAAGUCGGAGUCGACUUAUUCCUAUUCUAGUUAUUAAGAUACAAGCGUAGAAGCAUAAGAACGGUAAGAAUGGAUGUUGAGAGAUUUUUUUGUUAUAUUGGUUUAUUUCACGAAGUAGAAGAAAAAUGUUCGAAUGUUCGAGGAUGUGUUUUUUGUAAAAAAAAAAAAAAAAUUGUUUGAACGAAAGGUAAAGAAAGUUUGUAUAGGUCGAGCAAGCCCUUUAGCGACAGACAAGAUAAUUAAGUAAAAAGUCGUUCGUUGAAAUGGUCUAAUCUGACCCUAAUCCUGAUCGUUUCUUCUUUUUCUAUAUCUUAUACCUUUCCAACUCCAACGUCAUUACCUCGAAGGACCAAUCUAGUUAAGUCUAGUCAAGACUACCAAACUUCCAUUAUCACGUACCUAUGUAUCCGCAAACAGCGUCUAUUAUACAUAUGUAUAUAUCUAUAUAUAUAUAUUUACGGUUAUAUCAUAUACUAGAGAAUUUCUCGAAUAAUAAAAUAUUUUCAAUUA